AGUUGUUCUUACACUGGAUACAUAACGUGCCAGAGAUGAGCGAUAACAUUGACUGUGCUCUGUUUGGCUGCAUUAUCUGCAACAGCAAUGUCUUUUUAACCUUUUGAAAUUGGGGAUUAAAGGAUCAGUUUGCCUGUGAUUAUAAGAACUGCACUUUCCCCUCUCUUAAAUAUUCUCUGCCUGAAGGGAAACAAACAUUUGUCUGUAAUGAUAAAACAUGAAUUAAACUAUAUUAUUUAUAUUAAGACAAGAAUGUAAAACUGGCCACAUGAAAAGGGACUGUCCAGAAGGAAUCUGAAUGCAUUGUGCUGCAGAAGAUGUUUUGUUUUUCCAAGAAUAGCAUUAGAAUCGGUAUAGGCUCCUCUUGUUUUUAUUUAUUUAGUCAUUUCUUUUUGUGUUAUUUUCAGAUAUUACAAUAUAUGGGGAAUAGUAUGACAAAAAAGAUGCUAGACAGAUACCAUUUUUGAUGGCUAAAGCAUUUGUAAAUAUUCACAAGGUAAUCCAUGUCUUUAAAUAGACAGAAUUCGCCCAUAGUUUAGUGGACUCAUGUUUGUGGGGUGUGGUUUAAGUGUAGUGUUGCUGGAAAUGUAUCAUGUUUUUCCCCUGUGGGUAAACACCUAGUCAGGAUAUGCUGCUCAGUAAAGGUAAGUUUAAUCAAAACCGGGGGAAGGAGGGUGCAAUGAGUGGUUAGCUUUAUGCAGGAUGUUUUGUUUCCUCUAAUUAGCUUGAACUCGAUGAUCCCUCAUUAUCCUCACACCCUUUCAAAGUCAGUUUAAGGUUGUGAGUGUGUCAUUUAGACAUUAUGUACCUCCACCCUGUCCUUCAUGACGUCAUCUUUCUUUCUCUAUUUUGCAUUUCCUGACAGUUGGCACAUUCAUACAGAGUUAAAUUUUAACAGGGUCUGAAAGUCCUUUGUCCAUUCUUUUUUAAAGUCCACUUAUUUAGACGUCACAAAUUAAACUCAGGGAACUCUUUGCUUUGACAGGACCGAGAUUUACACUUAAUUUGUGUGUAAAUCCACUUGAGCACCACAUGCUGGGUGCGCACACAGUGGGAAAGGGCGUGACUCUGGCUGUUGAUUACAUUCGAGGCGAGAAAGAAAAUGAGACAGGGAGAGAGAGAAACAAACGAGUGCGGUAACAGAGUCAGAGAACCGAAGGAAACUUUCGAGGUUUCACAGAGUUCUUCUUCUUUGGGCAGUAAAAUCAGUUUCACUAUGAAUAAUAAUCAGGUGAGCGGUCCCAUGUAUGACAACCAAGUGUUUAAACAUGAAGAAUAUAGUCCUCCAUAUUCUGUAACACAGCAGAUCCCCAGCCAUUCCUCCAUCAACCAGUAUUAUACUUCAACACCUGGAAUACCAGCUAAUCCAAGGCAAACAAAAGGAAGAAAGAAAUGUCACUGGAAGUACAUCCUGAGUGCAUUUCUGUGUGUGACUGUUAUCCUGGCAGUGCUCGGACUCUUGCUGUGGUACUUCCUAUACUACCAGUGUCUACUGGGGAAGUCGUGUGGAAAAGGUGGGAUGUGUCUGAGCCAUACCCGGUGGUGUGAUGGAACCAUUGACUGUCCAGAUGGAGAGGAUGAAUCUCAGUGCUUUCGCCUCCAAGGGGCCAACUCCAUGCUGGAGAGUUAUUCAUCAAGCAGCCAGACCUGGAUGCCCGUGUGUGCUGACAACUGGGAUGAUAACUAUGGACGAACUGUGUGCAGACAGAUUGGUUACAGCAGAGAUGAUUAUUUUGCCUACAGCCAAACCAGUGCAGGUUCUUUGGCCUCCAAUGGAUAUAUGAGGCUGGAGUCCGGAAGUAAUAGUGGCUCACUAAUACAGUCACAGCUCACUCACAGCUUGCUGUGCUUCUCCAAAGCUGUCACACUUCAGUGUAUUGAAUGUGGCAAGAGUUCAGCAGCUCCGAGCAGUCGUAUUGUUGGUGGCACAGAGGCUGUAAAUGGAGCCUGGCCAUGGCAGGUCAGCCUCCAGGUUUCAGGUCGACACAGCUGCGGAGGCUCCAUUAUCAGCCGAUACUGGAUCCUGUCUGCUGCACACUGCUUUAAAUAUUCCUCUUCUCCUUCAUUGUGGAGGGUAUACUAUGGGGACGUGAACUUGGAAAACAUGUUUAACAGCAGAGUUCAGAAAAUCAUCAAACAUAAAGAUUUUGACACAAGAACGAAUAAUUAUGACAUUGCUCUCCUAAAGCUUGAUACACCUCUGACUUUUAACAAUAAAGUUCGGCCGGUGUGUCUCCCCAAUGUUGACCUGAACCUUUCUGCUAAUCGUCAAGCAUGGAUCACAGGAUGGGGAGCAUUGCAGUCAACAGGGCCAACCCCCAAAAUAAUGAAUCAAGCCAAGGUGACCAUUUACAGCAGGGCCACUUGUAAUGCACCUGAAGUAUUAAAUGGUGAAGUCACCAAGGCCAUGUUCUGUGCAGGUAGCCUGGAGGGAGGAGUUGACUCCUGUCAGGGUGACAGUGGAGGUCCCCUGGUCGUGAAAGAAGGAGAUCGAUGGUGGCUGGCAGGAGCUACGAGCUAUGGUUAUGGAUGUGCUUUGAAGAACAAGCCAGGAGUCUAUGCCAAUGUACCAUUCUUUAUUGACUGGAUAUAUGAAAACAUACAGAAUAACUGA